AUGGCGGCAGGCAAUGUCCGGAUAAUACGCUACGUCUUGUUCACAUUGUUCGCUAUCGUACUAAUUUAUUUCAUAUCUUCAUCGUCAAUACCCAAACCUCCCCUGCCCAGUGGUAGCGAUCUGGCAAAAUGGAAGGGAAGGAAAGAAGCACAUCAAGGUGUAUUCAAAAAAGUGGAGGACGACCCUCUAGAGGACAGUAAAGAGCAGUUGAUCGUUGCCCCUUCCUCGAAUCGGACUCCGCCAGGGAACAGCACCACCAGUCCCGUGGGAGCGUCCGUACCAAAGGAGGGGAAGAUGAACGCUACGUUCGUUACGUUAGCACGAAAUUCAGACCUGUGGGACAUCGUGGAGUCAAUACGACAGAUCGAGGAUAGAUUCAACCGACGCUAUCAUUAUGAUUGGGUGUUUCUGAAUGACAAAGAAUUUAACGAAGAGUUCAAGAAGGUCACAACUACUUUGAUCUCUGGAACAACGAAGUAUGGCAUCAUACCCAAGGAGCAUUGGUCAUUCCCGGAUUGGAUAGAUCAAGACAAAGCGAAGAAAGUUCGAGAAGAUAUGGCCGAGAGGAAAAUCAUUUAUGGGGACUCCGUGAGCUACAGACAUAUGUGCCGCUUUGAAUCUGGCUUCUUUUUUCGCCACCCCUUAUUAGCAGACUAUGAGUGGUAUUGGAGGGUUGAGCCGAGUAUCAAGGUGUUUUGUGACGUCGGAUUUGAUCCUUUCCGAUAUAUGGCCGAGAACAAAAAAAUCUAUGGCUUCGUGAUAAGCCUCUACGAAUAUGUUGAAACUAUUCCGACGAUAUGGGAAAGCACACAAAAAUUCAUGAAGAAGUUUCCUGAGCAUAUCGCCCCCAACAACUCAAUGAAGUGGUUGAGCGACGACGAAGGAGAGAGUUACAACCAUUGUCAUUUUUGGUCCAACUUCGAAAUCAGCAACCUCAACUGGCUUCGUUCGCAAGCUUACCUUGACUUCUUUGAGACUCUCGACAAGGACGGUGGUUUUUUCUACGAGCGAUGGGGCGAUGCACCCGUUCACUCCAUUGCGGCAGGUCUCAUGCUGAAUCGUGAUCAAAUCCAAUUCUUCGACGAUAUCGGGUACUGGCAUGUUCCUUUCACACAUUGUCCGACAUCUGAGAGCAAGCGAUUAGACCUGAAAUGUACCAAAAGAUUUUUUGAUAUGAAUGACCUAGGUAAGCCUGAUGGUUGGCAAGAUCAGACCGACUAA